CAGUGACAGACAGUGUCCAUCCUUUACAUCUACUCUUUGCUACUAUCUCUCGCUAAAGUCCACUGUAUUUAUACAAUUUCACUUAAAAUUAUCAUUUACAAUUUAUCUAAACGUGAGGUAUCAUAAAAGACCAAUGAUAGAGAUGGAGACCGCAGGAGAACCAGUGACAGAGUUUGACAAACCGUCAGAUAUAGGUCUAAAACUCAAAUUGAAUCAUGAACAUCCAUUGCAGAGUAAACAAAUUAUUAAACCGAAAUCGCAUCAAAUUGUUGAAAUGGUACCACUUUCGGCAAGAUAUUUAAAGUACUAUAUAGGCAAAAAAAUGAAUAAAAAGCGUCCUAUCAUGGAUUUUAUACAUCUUAUUUCUGCACAAAGAAUAUAUGGGUGCCCUAUUGGUGGCAUUGGUGGAGGUACUAUAGGCAGAGGCUUUAAGGGAGAAUUCUGUCGUUUCCAGCUGAGUCCUGGUCUCUAUGAAUAUGUUGUAGUUCCUGAAUGCCAAUUUAUUGUCAAUAUUCAGAAUGACAAGAGAGAAACCUUAUUCCAAUCAGUGCUUUCAACCUAUGAAAAACCAAAAAAAGCACCACCUUCUUGGGAAUGGAACUUAAACGCGGAAGACUGUGAGUAUACUGCUCUGUACCCUCGAGCUUGGACAACGUAUGACCUGUCAAAAUAUGGAAUCAAGCUAAUUUGUAGACAAAUAUCACCCGUCAUACCGCACAACUAUAAAGACAGCAGCCUGCCUUGUGCAGUAUUUGUUUUCUCAGCACAAAACGUCAGCAAUGAACAUAGAUAUGUCAGUAUAACUUUUACAUGGACCGAGGUUCUUGGAGGUUCCAGCAAAAAGAAAACCACAGCCAAAUUAGAUCUCGAGAGAUACGCAGAAGAUCACACCAGCGGUGUAACUCUAGAGCAGAGGAUUGACGAAACUCCUUGCACGUUCACGAUAGCCAAGAAAAAGCAUGAAAACGAAACUAUCCACGAAGGUUACUGUCUAUGGAACGCUAAUAAAACCUCCGCGUAUGUGUGGGAAUGUCUGAAGAAGCACGGCAGGUUAGAACCGGACCCAAGUCUGACGCCGCCACCGCCUAAAGUGCCCGACAAGACGGAGAGCGAAGAGAAAGAAAAAAAGGAAAAACAAAAGAAGAGCUACAAAUGUGAUUCAGUUGGACUCUCUUCCGUUAUAUCUUUGGAUCCAGGCGGGACUGGAUCCACGGAACUAAGCUUAGCUUGGGAUAUGCCAGUAAUUAAAUAUAAGAAAGAUAAGAAAGUACAUAAGAGGUAUUAUACAAAAUUCUUCGGUAGCGAUGGAAUCGCCGGCGCGAGCAUAGCUGCAUACGCCCUUAGGAACUAUAAAAACUGGGAGAAGCAACUCGCAGAGUGGCAGGAUCCCAUACUGACAAAUAACAAUAUACCAGACUGGUUGAAAAGUGCCUUAAUGAAUGAGCUUUAUUUUAUUGCGGACGGUGGAACUGUGUGGUUUGAUGUACACGACGAGUACCCGGAAUCCGAUCCUAGACAUGAUUUUGGCUUAUUCGGUUAUUUGGAAGGUCACGAAUAUAGAAUGUACAAUACGUACGAUGUACAUUUUUAUGCAUCUUUCGCGCUCGCGCAGCUGUGGCCUAAUUUACAAGUAGUAUUGCAAUACAUGUUCCGAGAUACAGUUGCUAUGGAAUCUGAAAAAUACAGACUGUCUCUAUACGAUGGAAAAACUGUGAAGUUUAAAAUAAAAAAUUCUAUACCUCACGAUUUGGGAGAUCCAGAGGACAUACCGUUCGCGCACAUAAAUGCGUACAACAUUCACGACGUCAGCGAGUGGCGCGAUCUUAACCUCAAGUUCAUACUGCAAGUGAUACGCGACUACCGCUUGCUUCGUGGCCACACGGCGCCAUUCAAUAACGACAGAAGCACAGAGCCGGAUCCGGUCGGCGAAGAUAGCGGCGAUAAGCCAGAAGCUGUUGAGACCUCUAGCGUUUGGGAUUGUAGGAAGUACCUCGCCGAUAUGUAUCCUUCGUGCGUGGCGUUACUCCGACGCGCUACGACGUGGGACAAAGACGGAGACGGCCUCAUAGAGAACGGGGGAUUCCCCGACCAGACCUACGACGCUUGGGUUAUGCGAGGACCGAGUGCCUAUUGCGGUGGUCUAUGGGUUGCAUCCGUGUCGGUUGUACGUGCGAUGGCGCAUAUUCUCGGUUUUGAACAGGAUGAGAAGGAAUUUGCUAAGCUAUUGGACCAAGCUCGCCAUUCGUAUGAAGAGAAGCUCUGGAACGGCUCCUAUUAUAAGUUUGACGUUCAGCCCGCAAACAGCAGCGUCGUUAUGGCUGACCAACUGGCUGGACACUGGUAUCUCCGCGCUUCCGGUUGGACUGAACCCGUGUUCCCCGAGGCGAAUGUGAAGAAAGCUCUGAGAGUGAUAUACCAGAACAACGUACUCGGCUUCAAGGACGGCCGCAUGGGUGCCGUGAACGGCUACGUGACGGGCGAGUGUGGCCACGUCGAUACCACCGCGAUACAGAGUGAGGAAGUCUGGACCGGAGUCACGUACGGAUUGGCCGCCCUUAUGAUAUACGAAGAUAUGCACGAGGAGGCGUUCGUUACUGCUGGCGGUUUGAAUAAAACUCUUGUACAGAUGGGGCUAUCGUUUGAAACACCCGAAGCUUUGCGGGAGAACGGCCACCAUAGAUCCAUAGCUUACAUGAGACCGUUGUCAAUAUGGGCCAUGUACCAAGCCAUAGUCGCUAGGCCUCCACCCCCAACGCCCGUCGCCAACGGACAGGUGAAACAUACCAAAGAGAAAACAAGAUUGUGA